UAUUAUGUUUUAGGAUUGGCACAAAAAAAUUCCUCCAACGAAAUCUUUAGAAGACUAUCUUGCGAUUGUGCCUGAAGAGAAGAUCAAAUACAAUUUUGAAUUGCGGCUGGUUCGAUCUAAUCCUCCGUCGCCGUCGUUUCUUGAAUCUUUUUCAGAGAGUUACCAAGUGUACAAACUCUAUCAAAUGAAGAUACAUAAUGAUCUGGAAAAAGACAUCACGGAGAAGUCGUUUAGGCGUUUUCUUUGUGAUUCCCCUCUUGUAAGCGGUGAUUUGGCUAACGAUGAAGAGUCGUCGAUUUACGGUUCUUUUCAUCACCAGUACUGGCUGAACGGUAGAAUCAUAGCGGUCGGCGUUGUGGAUAUUUUACCGACUGGCCUUUCGUCAAAGUACUUCUAUUAUGAUCCUCUGUAUUCCAAGCUAUGCUUAGGAAUUUAUGGAGCACUUCGCGAGAUAGCCUUGAUCCGUCAGUUGGCAGAAACUAAUCAGAAUUUGCGGUAUUAUUACAUGGGGUACUAUAUUCACAGCUGUCAGAAAAUGCGCUACAAAGUAAGUUUAUAG